CGGCCGCAGUUUAUAACUUACGAGUGAGAAAACCGUACUAGGAAAAUGUUUUCGCCGCGAACGAUCGCGAUUUUUGCGCUGCUGGCCGUCGCCGCCGCCGGGCCGGUCGCCGACCGCCCCGCCGACGAGACGCUCCCGCCGGAGUUCGAGGACUCCUUCCCCUGGUUCUUCCCCUUCGGCGGCAUCUCCAGCCUGAAGAACUUCUUCAACCCCUUCCUCAAGUGGUUCCCGAGCUUCGGCGAGCUGGGCCCGCGCGUGCAGGUCACCGAUGACAACUUCCGCGUCAUCAUCAACGCGGAUGGCUACAGGAAGGAGGACCUGAAGGUGAAGGUGAAGGGUGACUAUAUCAUCGUGCAGGGCUCGCACGAGGCGAAGCGGGACGACCACGACCUGUUCGCGAGCCAGUUCUUCAACAGCUACAGCCUCCCGGCCAACGCGAGCGCCGCGGCGGUCACGGCGACGCUGACGAGUGAUAACUUCCUGGUGGUGGACGCGCCGAUCAGCGAGCAGGGCGCGGAGCCGGCGGAGGGCGAGCGUCUGGUGCCCAUCGUGGAGAGCGGGAAGCCCCUGGAGAGCGAGGCGACGACGACGGCGACGGCGCCGGCCGGCCCUACCAGCCCCGCCCCCGACCGCGAGGAGGUCACCGACCGCGACAACGACAUCCCCCACGGCACCGAGAGCGAGCUCGCCCCCUAAAGUGAUAUUAUAGCCAUAAGUAUGUAUUUAUAAAAUAGUAUUGUAAUAAAUGUUUUUUUUAAU